AUGCAGACCGACUCUCAUUCUCAUCAUACCAAUGGAGAGACAUCUCCUUUACCGCCACCUUCACCUACGACCUUGUCAUCUACAUUCAGACAUCAUCCACCGCCUCAAGCUACACCUACGGGUGAUAAUGCGGAAUCGUCCAUUCGACAUCUUACCCCCUAUAACCAUGCCGACAGUCCUGAUAACAUGACCAAUAACCUUUCUGGCUUAGGCGCCGGGAUGGUCAGAAUAAGUGUACAGACUCCUUUUGGGGACUUGGGUGGAACUCGAUCAAGAAGAAAGGAAGGCUGGCCAUUAUUACCCACCAAAACUAUCUCAUCAUUGAAAGAUGAUCUGAUCAAUGGAAAAUUAGAAGGUGCAGGUACCUGGGAAAAAGACGGUAUGAGAAUAGUUUAUCAUGGUAGAAUAGUAAGAGAUCAUGAAACUUUAUCUGAUGUAAUUGGGAAGUUCGAUCCAGAACAUGUCUAUGUGUUUCAUUUAGUAGCUCGUAGAAUACCUGUCACACCUCUGCCUACAGGUGGAAUAAUGCCUUCUAAUUUAACCGAAUUCCCAUUACCUUCUCAACCUAUCCCAUCCACCACUUUCCUCCCUUCUCCUACUCCAACUUCCACUGCGACCUUUCCUAUUGCUUCCACAGUAAAUUCAUUGGCUUUGGGGGAUACAAUCCAUUAUCUCUUAUUCACUUCUCGACAUCAUUUAUUCAGCUUAUUAGGCUUGGAUACGUUAAAAUGGGAAGAUAUGAUUCCUCCACCUAUCAUCACUCAAGAUAAAGCUAGAGAAGGUAUAACGUCAGUCGUCAAAUCUUUCGCACUUGAAAGAGCAAGUAGAGAAGAAGGGUGGGAAAAUUGGCAAGGUGCUUUUGAAGGUGAUACAAUAGAUGAUCUGAAAAAAGUUUGGGAGACCGUAAAAAGAGAUGGAGUGGAGAAGCAAAUCAGAAGUUUUUGGUCGACAGCAACUGGAAAAAACAUGAUUGAAGGUGAAGAAAAGGUUCAAGUGGAAGUCGACGGAACCACCCAUAUAUUACAACUUCCUUCCAUUUCUCAACUUACAGCGACUCAGCUUACUCAUCUAUUGAUCUAUCUACGAAUCACGACUCUUUUACCUCUCCUCGAGCCGAUCUAUCAUCAAUCGCUCUUACCUACGCCAACGCCUACUUUGGCUCCAUCAGCAAAUCCAACUCAGACAACUACGACUGGAACUCCUACUCCACCCGGACGAGUGGUUUAUCGCGGUACAAUUCGACUCAGAAUUCCCUUUUUCCCCGUUGCAGUAUUACCUCAUUUGUUCUGGUCUGCGGUGAAGAUUGCCGCGAUGAUUUGGAUGCUUACGCGUGGAAUGAAAUGGAACGAUUCCAGGUUUUGGGUGGUAGUGGGUAUGGCAGGAGGAUGGUAUAUGAUCGAUGCUCUCAAUGAAGUCAGAAGAGUCACAGGAGAAGUUAGAGCUAGAACACAGAGAGAGAACAUAGAUACCGGCGAAGCUCAAGGUCCGAAUGAAGGUGGGAAUCAAGUUCAACCAGGUCAGAAUCAAAAUCAAAGACAAGCUCCUCCUGCUGCUGCUCAAGAUCAAGGUCAAAGAGCAGUUCAAGGUCAAGCUUUCCCUCAUCUCACUCGUCAUCAAGCAGCAUCAUUAAUCUCCCAAAUACACCUUUCAACAGAUUCAGAACAAUUACGUUUACCGCCUGCGAACGUAAAUGGGAACAGUACUUUACGACCUCCAGCUAGAUCAAGACCGUCAAGAAUCCAAACUCAACUAUUACUACCAGUACUACUAUGGUUUAUCACUCUAGUCCCCGAAUGGGAGAGCCUAAGAGCAAGAGCAAUAAGAAGUAGGGAAAGAAAUAUGAGAGUUAUAGUAGGAGAGAAUCAACCUCAAUCUCAAGUGGAACAACAAGAUGUGAAUGCACACGAUCCAGAUCUUCCACAACAGAAUGGUGGACCCACUCAAACAGCAGAGAGGCCUUUGGAAUUACCCGAAGCCUUGAGUGUCAGUGCUAGGAAAUACUAUCUAAGAGUCUUAGCAAGAGGUGAAGGGAUUGAUUGGGAGGAAGAAAGAGAAGCUCAAAGAGCAUUAGGUGUAGGUGAAGAAGAAGAAGGUAGGGAAGGUAUGAGGCUGAGAAUGUUGUAA